AUGUGCGUCAUACGGCGCCACGUCGUCCCGCGGAAAGCGUCCAAGACGACGAUUGCCAAGACCGGUUCGAAGGCGAAUCGCACCACAACAUCGGCGUACACCCUAAGCUUGAAGGAACAGAUUGAGCUUCGAAUUCUGGGAAAACCCGCCCUACUCGGGAGCCUGCGCACCGGCCUCGGCGACUUCGCAGAAGUGCGGACGAACCUAUGGGAGGGCGACGUCUGGCGCGAAAGCGUGGUGGCAUGUCGCGCGGCCUACCCUAUGGAGACAACAAACGGUGAGUGA